AUGGCCUCAUCCGGCCAACCGUUCGGGUCGCGCUCCUAUAAUACAGGCAAACUCCCUGACCGAUCAAUGAAUCAGAAUGCGAUACCAUUUAGCGCUUCUUCAUUUUCUCGUCGUGGACUAGGAGCGACCCAGAGCGAGUUCGCGCCCGACGCCGCUAAGUCAACCCAGCAAGCAACCCAGCAACAAGUACAUGCGCAAACACAUAAUCCUUCACAAGAAUCGAAUCCGUUAAACCGGUUAACGGAGGAGCAGCGCGAGGAAAUCAAUGAAGCUUUCACCCUCUUCGAUCUCGAUCGUGACCGACAUCUAGACUACCAUGAACUCCGUGUGGCAUUCCGCGCCCUUGGCUUCACUCUCCCGAAACAAGAACUCAUCUCCCUCUUAACGACGUACGGUGUCCCACGUCCUCAGGUCCAACAGCAAGCCGCAGCGCAACAAUCUCAGCAACAGCCCAAGACGGCUCCAACUACGAAUCCCCAGCAUCCAUCUAACCUGUUGAUGCCACUUUCUGCAUUUCAAGCAGUAACAGCGGUGAAAAUCCUCGAGCGAGACCCGCGAGACGAGAUCCUCCGAGCGUUUGAGCUUUUCGACGAGGGCGGGAAAGGGUAUAUCGACCUGGAGGAUCUGCGCCGUGUCGCGCGGGAACUAGGGGAGACGGGCCUGGAAGAGGAGGAACUUCGUGCGAUGAUUGAGGAGUUUGACCUUGAGGGCGUUGGCGGUGUGACGAGGGAGGCCUUUGUGAGUAUCUGUUGGCAGUGA